CCUCCCCUCCCCGCCAUCCAGCGUCUGCAGCUCAGAAUGGCUUCCUUCAUCGCUGCUGCCAUUGCAUGCUCUUUUGCGGGCAUCUACGUGAUCAGUCGCAUUGGCACGCGAGAGAGCGGCUUACCUCCGGGCCCUCCAACGACACCCGUUCUGGGAAAUCUCCUUCAAUUGCCGUCUCGAGAUGCACACCAUCAAAUCACGGCUUGGUCGAGGGAAUAUGGUGAAAUCUAUUCGCUCAAGUUAGGUCCCGGCACGGCCAUCGUCUUGUCGAGUCCUCAGGCUAUGAAGCAUAUAUUGGAACUCCAGAGCGUCGAUACAUCUGAUCGUCCUCCUAAUUCUCUACACGACCUAGUGACAGACGGGUUGAGCUUCUUCCUGUGUCGCUACUCCGCUCGUUGGCGUCAGAUGCGCAAGGCCGCUCAAGCGCUUCUUUCGCCCGCGGCAUCCAGAGAUUACCUUCCUAUCCAGGAAGCAGAGGCAGUUCAGCUGCAGUUUGACAUACUGACUACGCCUGAAAAUUUCUUCAAUCACAUUCACCGCUUCAGCGCUUCCAUCAUCCUCUCCGUCGUAUACGGCCAGCGGGCUCCACGGCACGAAACGCCUACCGCUGGCGCGUUCGCCGAGGUUAAUACACGUUGGGCGAACUACCUGCGGCCGGGAGUCACGCCGCCCGUCGAUAUGCUACCUUUCCUGAAGUACCUUCCCGAAAGGCUGGCGCCUUGGCAGAAGGAAGCUCGGGUUAUCCGUACGGCGCAACGCAAGCUAUACCUUGGACUCUUCGACGAAUGCCAGGAGCGCGUGAAUGAGGGGGAUACGCAGGCGAAGUCGUUUUUAACGGACCUCAUACGCGAUCAGGCUGCUCACGAAAUGGCCAGAAUGCAGAUGAGCAUGCUCGCUGGCUCGCUUUAUGAGGCGGGGGCGCACACUACUGCCGCCUUUGUCCAUGGCCUCGUCAUGCUCCUGACCGCGUAUCCAGAAGUACAGGCCAAGGCUGCCGCAGAGAUAGAUCGAGUCGUUGGCGACACGCGCAGUCCGGUUCAUUCGGACGGGGAUGUCCUACCAUAUAUUCGUGCACUCAUUCAGGAAACGCAUCGCUUCCGAGUGGUAACACCGCAUGGCCUACCUCAUCGUGCCACCCGCGAUUUGCAUUAUAAAGGGUUUCUGAUUCCGGAGGGCUCAAUGAUCAUUGCAAAUAUUCAUGGAUUGUUCAACGAUCCAGAGCUGUUCGAUACACCAGAAGAGUUCAGGCCGGAGCGCUUCCUGCUCACUGAGUUCGGCACCCGGCCAGGCGUCGAUGUCAGCGACUUCCGUUCCACCUUCAUGUUCGGCAUGGGACGACGCAUCUGCCCUGGCAUGCAUGUCGCAUCCGCGUCCACGCUCCUGGCGGCUAUGAAGCUCAUUUGGGCUUUUGAGUUUCGACCUGCCAUAGACGAGGCUACAGGGAAGCCCAUUGAACUCGACGUACAUUCGAAUGGUGAUGGCCUCGCCGUUGGACCCACGCCUUUCAAAUGCGACAUCCGUUGCCGGAGUCCCGCGCGUGCUGAGCUGAUCAAGGAGUCGUUUAGGACCGAAGCUGCCGAGAUACUGAUCCCUUUUGAACGCAAUUUAGCACCAAAAGACAAGGAGUGGUUGGAGAGCGUCCGAAGUCACGAUUGAAGGACGAAUGUGGCGACUUGCCAGUGCUAUAUGGAUUGUACAAUGAAUCGUUACGUGCUCUAUAUCCUCGUCAAAAGACGCCGGCUUCGAAAGCCGGUGUCAGGUUCUUUAACCCACCCGGCACUUCACCGUAGUUGGCGGCCUCUGGCUCCAAUUGGACAAUAUCUAUGCGCAAUUUAUCGUUCGCCAGAGCCAUAAGCUCCUCGACAUGCUGGAGGCGAACCAUCGCCAAAGCGAGCCGAGCCUGAACCAGUGCUGGAAUCCC